AUGAUGGCGAUAUUCUCACCGCAUCAUCGUUUGGGUCCUCAAAGUUUUAAACAACGCUAUCUCGCAACGUUAAGUGAAGAUACUGAAGUACCAGUUCCAACUGAACCUUUGGAUGAUCACGAUCCACUUGUAUUACAAGUAGAUCGCAAGGUCGAACCUGUAUUAGCAUUAAAACAUCGUUCGAAAUCCGAGAGUUUUAUUUGUACGGCACAAGGCAUCGUGUUUGAAGAUAAUCAAAGUGAAUACAGUUCCAAACUUGAUCAACUCGUGGCACUAGCUGCAAACUUAAAUGCACAAGGUACACGUAGCAAUGUUUUGUUGGCGAAAAAAGCACUUCGGUUUCGUAAAGCUAUUGGACGUCGUCGUAACGAGUCUUAUCAGAUCGCUGUUUGA